UAAGACAUUGAGAUCAGGAUCUUGGGUGGAAGCCAAAGAUGGCUCUGGAGAGUAUUGAAUUCUUAAAAAGUCUUUAGAAAUGAGGCUAUAUCUGAAGGUGGAAACCAACAAUCCCUGAGGGGGUGGACCAGGAGCUGGACAAGAGCCUUCUUCUCCAGUUGCUGAGGGCAUGAGGAACUUUACCUGACUCCAGGUACCUGGACAAAGGCAUCCAUCCCUCCCCAGCCAGUGAACCAUGGACAGUGAUCGGGUAAUAAUUCCUACAUAAGCUACUCUUUAGUGAUGAAAAAUCACGUACCUCAAGGACUGGAGCAAAUUCAUGCAUCAGCAAUGUCCUUCAGAGACCGAGGAAUAACCUAUAAGGGACUGGUUUCUGAAAGAGGAAAUAAGAAGGGGAAGUCUUAAACCUAACUGAAUAAGUAGUUAUUAAUAUGGGUGAAAUAAUAAUUUUUCCCACUAAUAAAUUUCCAAGAUUAUAAUUCAUUUUCCCCUAGAGGCAUAUCUCUAACGCACUGUGGCGCCCCCUAGGGGCACUUUAGAAAGAGGCAGUGAGGAAGAGGAGCCUUGAAGGGAGAGAGACGCAUCAAUGGCCGGGAAACUCCCUGAUGUCCUUCUAUGCCUCUGUGUCCACAGGGUGUCUGAGAGGAGCAGGGCUUCAUGGAGCGCGGAACCCCCAACAUGACUGUGUCCUCCACACCUGAAUAUCCAGGAUAUGGUUCUGACAAUUCAACAGACUAUAGUGAAAAUGAGAGUUCAUCUGGAAGCCUUGACUUUGAUGACUGGCUGAACAUCCUUUCUCUGCUCAUUGCCCCGUUUGGGCUGAUGGGGAACGGCGCCGUCCUGUGGCUCCUGGGCUUCCGCAUCCGGAGGAAUCACUUCUCCAUCUACAUCCUCAACCUGGCGGGGGCCGACGCCCUCUUCCUUUGUGGUUCCUUUCUGAUCAGUAUAGGUAGAAUUUUUAGCUAUAUUUUUGAUGAGUUAAUAUGGAUCAUACUGUCAUGCCUCACAUACAUGACCUAUACCGUGGGCCUGAGCCUCCUGGCCGCGAUCAGCACCGAGCGCUGUCUCUCCGCGCUCUUCCCCAUCUGGUACCGAUGUCACCGCCCCAAGCACGUGUCGGCCGCGGUCUGCGCCGGGCUCUGGGCUCUGGCCGGGGUGUUCUGGCUACUACCUUUUGCCAUUCGGGAAUCUGAAUCUCUGCGACGUUUCAACUUCUUCAUCAUCCUGGGUGCGUGGCUCCUCCUCCUCACGUGUGUGAUGGGCGUGUCCAGCCUGACUCUGCUGCUGAGGGUCCAGUGCAGCUCCCGGCGCCGGCGGCCCCCCAGGCUCUACCUCCUGAUCCUGCUCACGGUCCUCGUGUUCCUGCUCUGCGGAGUGCCCUGGGGGUUCUGGAUUUUCGUGGAUUUUCACUUGAAGAUACGCGUCACACCUUAUUGGUCCUGUGAGUUCCUGUCCUAUGUGAACAGCAGCGUGAACCCCCUCAUUUACUUCUUCGUGGGCAGACUAGGGAAUAGGAGGAGGGAGCCUCUCAGGAUGGUGCUCCAGAGGGCCCUUGGGGAUGAGCAGGAGUUGGGAGGUGGGACAACAAACACCCCCCAAACCAGCAGCACAGAGGCUAUACUCUGAGCCUAAGAAGAUGUUCAGACACAGCAGCCUUUGAAAUGAGGCCCCUGCCCCAGACCCACUAGCAGCUCCCCCUCCCUUAAAGGAAAAUCAGGAUUCCCCUGACAUUUCUUAUGUUGGUGCCUAGGGUGUGAACUCUAGGCAAUGAACAUUUAUUAGGUGCCUAUUGUAUACCAGGCAGCUGGAUAUCCAAAAAGGACAGAACUCCAAGGCCUGGAAUGGGAAGAACCAAGGUCACAUCUAGUGGGAGAAACAAGCUGUAUAACCUUGCACAAGUCACUCAACUCUGCCUCAGUUUCCUCAUCUGUAAAAUCAACUAUCAAAAGAAAUGGUGAAGCUCUCCAAUAUCUUUGCCCAGAAAACCUCAGAUAGAGUCAUAUUACUGAACAAGACUAAACCAGGAUUUGUACUAAGCUCUUCCAACUAUUUCAUCUAAUCCUCCCAAUACACUUGGGAUGUAUGUGUUCUCCACAUAGACAUUUUACACACGAAGAAACUGAGGCAGGCAAAGGUUCAAUGACUUGCUCAGGCUUCCAAAACAAGUAAGCAUCUGAGACUGGUUUUGAACUCAGAUCUUCCUAAUUCCAGGCCCAAUCAAUGCUCUGUGUACUUUGGAGAACCAUAGCUUGCUGGAAGCUUCUCUACCUAGGGCCUGAGGUCCAGGUCAUGUGUCAACAACCCAGGAACCUGGAACCUGGAAGAAAUCAUGUGAACGUUUCUGUUGAUAGAGCACCAGCCCUGAAGUAAGGAAGACUUAAGUUCAAAUCUGGCCUCAGAUACUUAACACUUCCUAGCUGUGUGACCCUGGACAAGACACUCAAACCCAAUUGCCUCCAGAAAAAAAAAAUGUUGUGAAUCACUGUUGAUUGGAAAAAUGCAAAUUAAAGACAACCCUGAGGUUGUCUCUUAGGUACCACUUCAUAUCACUCAGAUUGGCUAAGAUGUCAGGAAAAGAUAGUGAUGAAUAUUGGAGGGAUGAAGGACUGGGGCACUGGUACAUUGUUAAUGGAAUUGUGAAAUGGUCCAGUCAUUUUGGAGAGCAAUUUAGAGCUGUGCUCAAGGGACUAUAGAACUGUGCAUGCCCUUUGAUCCAGCAUUGUCUCUACUGCUCUAUAUCCCUUGGAGAUCAUGGAGGAGGGAAGGGAACCCACAUGUACAGACAUCUUUGUUUCUGCCCUUUUUGUACUGACAAGGAGAUGGAGAUUGGAUGGCCAUCUGUCAGGAAGCAACCGAAUGGGUUGUGGCAUAUGAAUGUGAUGGAGUAUUACUGUUCUAUCAGAAGUGAUGAGCAGGCUAGAAAGACUUACAUGAACUGCUACCGGGUAAAGUGAGAAGAACCAAGACAACAUUGUACACAGUAACAACAAACUUUUGUGAUGAUCAGUUGUGAUGGACAUAUCUCUUUUGACCAGUGUGGUGACACAAAGAAAUGUUAAUGGACUUGUGAUAGAAAGUGCCAUCUGCAUCCAGAAACAGAAUUAUGAACCCCAUGUCUGGAUUAAUACAUUGUAUUUUCACAUAUUUGUUGUGGUUUUUGUUUGCUUGAUUUUUUUUCUUUCUCACAUUUUUUUCCCCCCAUUUUACCCUGGAUUUUCCCAUGUAGCAUGAUGAAUAUGGAAGAACUGCUUCUUCCUGUAUCACAUGACUUGCAUGUAUUUGGAAAAAUAAAAUACUAUUUAAAAAAUUAAAGGUAAAAAUAUUUACACACAUAUACAUAUACACCUACAUACAUAAAAUGUGUAUAUAUAGCUAUUCUAUUUCUAUUUCUAAUCUAGAUAAUUUACAUUUUUGUAAAUAUGCUUCCAUUUCACUUAAAUUGCUAGAUAUAUUGACAUAUAAGUGGACCAAAUAACUCCUUAGAAUUGAUUUCAUUUCAUUUUCAUUAAUGGUAGCUUAACACUUUGCAUUUUUAAUAUUAGUGAUCUAUUUUUUAAUUAAAAUAGAUAAAUAAUUGGCUAACUUGAUUGGGGAUUUUCAGUUUGUUCUUUUUCCAUUGUUAAUUGCAUAUCCAAUUCAUUGUUCUGUCUUUUAUUUAUUGAUACAAGUAUUUUAACGACAUAAAUUAUCCUGGAAAUCUUACUUUGCCUAUUUUUCUUUAACCCACUCAUCCUUUAAGAUUAGGUGGUUUCAUUGCCAAUUAAUUUUUAAUCUAUCUUUUGAGGUCUUUUAUGAAAUGUAACUUUUUGCAUGUGAUCUAAAAAGGAUAUUUUUAAUAUUUCUUAUUUUAAUUAUGAAAUUUUAUAUCCCAAUAGAUGGUGAAUCUUUAUAAAGGUACCAUAAAGUGCUAAGGAAAAGGGGUUUGUUUAUUUCCAUUUCUUGUCAGUUCUUUCCAGAUAUCUAUCAUAUCUAGCUCAUCUAAAAUUCUAUCCAUUUCCUUAACUGUUUUUUAAUUUACUUUUGGUUAGAUUUUCCAAUCUCCAAACUGAAAAUUAAAGACUCACACUAUUAAAAUCUAUCACCACCUUUAAUUCAUUUUUUAAAUUUAAUUUUUAGAAUUGCGUAUGUUUAACAUAUAUUGAUUACUUGUUGUCUUAAAAAAAAAGAGAUGGGAAAAGAGAAGGAGAAAAAUUUGGAACGCAAGACUUUGCAUGGGUGAAUGUUGAAAGCUAUCUUUGCAUGUAUUUCAAAAAUAAAAAGUAUUAAAAAAUAAAAUAAAAUACAAUAAAAAUUAGUUUCCAUUA